AUGGACGCUCCGGGUGGAUACGGUUGGGGCGGCAUCGAGGAGAGAUCAGGAUUCCUCGGGAUCUCGGGUCAUCGUCGCGCCGAGCACCGAGAUCUACCACGUUUAAUUCACUUCCUCCGUGCUCCUCGAUGUUUACCGUUACGUAAAAUUCGCAGCGAGACUUCCUGCCUCUCGGUGGUCCAGUGUAACGAGGCAAACGACAUCGUUUCUGGGAUAUUCCUUUGUAAUUACCCCAACGUUCCAUCUGUACCGUCAGACGAUUGGUUGACUUGGUUAAAGACGAUUUACAGGAUACGCUCCGUAACAGGAAGGAACACGCUGUUCGUACACUGGCUGGUGUGGGACAAGAGUUACUCGGGUCACUUCCUCAAGGACCUUCUGACCGCCCUCUUCGAUAUCACCAGCUAUUGCCAGCACGUGAUCCUCGUGAUACCUCCUCGGGUUACGCCAGCGGACGUGUUCAAACGAGAGAUGACCAAGAUCCCGGCUAAGUGCGCCCGACAUGCCAAGGAGGCGCAAUAUUUGUACCUGAGCGACCGCAGUCGGCUCCUUCCAAAGUUAAAGAUACGGAAAAUUGUAGAAGAGGAUAACGACGAUGUGGUGCCGAUUAUCGACGGCGAGACGACGCGGCUGAAAGAACUCUACGGGGAGUACUACAUCAGCGAGAUGAUUCGUUACCCGGACGGCUGUCGGCAGCUGAUUAUCGGCGAGGACGUCGACGGCUCGGCAGCGGGCGUGAUGUGCCUCAGCUCCACGAUCGAUAUCGAUCUGCUGAAUGAGAACUUCGAGUUAACGGCGUACCACGGUUUCCGGAAAGCUCGCGAGGAUGACGAAGAACCGACCUACGUUGCCGAGUCCAACGAACUUCCGCAAGCCGUAUUUUCUCAAAUGUCGCGCGAGCGAUCCCCACUGAGAGAAAAAUAUCUGGUAUUUGCAAUUAUAAUCAUCAUAGGCUGAUAUUUAUAGGCUGGCCUUCGUAGAUUUUAUGUUUAACAACGGAUAUUUAGACGGAUUUUGUAUUUAAGGCCGUCUUAAAUUCAUCUUCAGGUGUUCCGUAGCUAAUGAAGUGUGUCGUACAGAAUCUGCCUGCACAGCACACUUUAUCUGAGGAGCGUCCCGUAGAUAUUAUUUUGGGAUAUCGCGAUAACCGAACAGGAUAAAGGUCGACAAUGGCAACGAUUUAGAUAUAUAUUAUGAUUCGCAAAUAGCAUCUUCUUAUGUUAUCGAUUUCUUCAAAUGAUAGCGAUGUUCUUGGAUCGGUAUCUUGGUGUAACAGUAACGUCAUUAACUUAAUUUUUAGUAACGUUACUGAAUUUUAAAGUUAAC